AUGGCUACCACAUGCCCAGAAGACGAUUUGGGGGCGAGCCAAGCGCAGCGGGAGGCCGAGCCCGAUGGCGAUUGCUCGGAAGAGGAGCAGCCAGCUGCCGCGACCGAGUCGCCUCUCAGCAACGACGAGGACGCCCUGCAAAAGGUGCGCGACGACAUUGAGCAGCGCACGGCGGCGCUGCUGGCGCAGGGGCCCGCCUACCUGGCCCAGCGCACACUCAACGACUUCAACGCCGAGGCCACCAAGCAGCAGAAGGCGGGAGAGCUGACCGCCGCCGUGGCCACCUACAACGCGCUGUUUGCAAAGGCGCGGCAUUCCAACGUCACCCACCCCGAGCUCUACGUCUGCCACAGCAACUGCGCGGCGGCCUGCCUGCAGCUGGGCCUGUUCACCGAGGCGCUGCAGCACGCGGGCAGGUGCCAGUCGCUGGCGGAGACCUCGCUGCGCAGGAACUGCAAGGGAUCAUCCUCCUACAUUAAGUCGUUCCUGCGCAAGGGCCAGGCGCUGCUUGGGCUGGGCUGCAACUGGGAGGCGGCAGCCACGCUGGAUGCGGGGCUGAAGAUUGACCCCUUCAAUUUCGAUCUCAAGCUGGCGCUGCAGAAAGCGAACGAGGCCGUGCUUCGGGACCUGGCUGAGGGCAAGGGGCUGGAGCGCAAGGCGAUUGAGUACCCAGAGGCGCGGCAGCGCAUCAGCUACCACCCAUACUCUGCCCCCCUGCACAAGAUUAAGACCGACGACAUGCUGCCGCUCAAGCUGCUGACGCCUUUCCAGGCUGAGAACGACCACCACAUCAAGGACACAUACAACUACGUCACUGUGCAGACCGACAUCCGCAUGCCCAAGCGCCACCUGCGCCUGCUGGAGGAUGUCUACUUCAACUCCCGCUUCCAGCAGGCCAUCGAGGCUGCGGCGGUGGCGGAUGAGGACAAGGACUGCCGGGUGCUGAACCUGGGGUCUGGCGCCGGGCUGCAUGCCAUGAUGGCGCUGCGCGCGGGGGCGCACCACGUCACGGCGGUGGAGCGCUGGCUGUAUCUGGCGCUGGCCAGCAAGGAGUGCCUGGCGGCCAACAAGUUCCCCGAGGAGCGGCACCGCGUGGUGUACAAGCGGCCCACGGACCUGAAGCUGAAGGAGGAUGUGCCUGUGUGCUGCAACCUGCUGGUGGCCAACAUCUUCGAUGAGGGCCUGCUGACGUCGGGCAUCGUGCCCGCGGCGCGCCACGCGCUGGGCAGCCUGCUGACCUCGGAUGCCAUCCUGCUGCCCGCCUCUGCCACCGUGUACAUGCAAGCCGUAGAGCUGCGUACGGGGGAGGUGCGAGGCCGCUUCAACGCGGUCAUGUUCUGGUACAAGCUGCACCUGUUUGGAGACGUCUACCUGUCCACCGGGCCAGAGGCGGUGGAGGCAGGCCUGCGCUGCCUGCAGCCCGCGCUGCAGUACAUCGCGGGCGAGCUGCCGGUGGAGGAGGGCCUGGUGCUGCCGGUGAUGGCCUCCCACAACACCGUGCGCCUGCGCUUCGAUGUCGAGUCGGCGGACUACCUAAACCUGCACAAGCCGGACGCCUCAUUCCCGCAUGCCCACUUCUCCAUGCUGGCGGAUGAGGAGCGGUGCCAGGCCUACCAGCGUGCCAUCCGGCGCGUCGUGAAGCAGCGGCAGCAGCAGGACGGCGAGGCUCACGUGCUGGACAUUGGCUGCGGCACCGGCAUCCUGUCGCUGCUGGCGGCCAAAGCAGGCCAGUGGGCUGCCUCCGCCAACAAGCUGUCCAGGCGCGUCAGCGUGGUGCACCGGGACUCCGGCCUCCUGCAGCGCGGCAGGGAGGUGCGGCCGCUGGGCGUCAACGUGGUGGUGGCAGACGUGUUUGACGCAGGCCUGCUGGGCGACAGCUUCGCCUACAUGCUGGACCUGGCAAAGCGCAAGGUUGUGCAGCCGGGGGCGGCGGUGGUGCCGUCCGCCGCCACGCUCUACUGCAUGGGAAUCGAGGCGCUGACGGGGACGGUGGUGGGCUUCAACAUGACGCCCAUGAACACGUACCGGUGGGAUGCCAAUUAUGAGGCUGUUGACCUGGCAGACGUGCCGCACCGCCGCCUCACCAAGCCGGUGAAGGUGUUUGAGCACUUUUUCGAUGGGGAGCGCAAGGGACGGUCCAGGGAGAGCAUGCUAAAGCUGGAGGUGGUGGAGGAGGGUGUGCUCAAUGCUGUGGUCUUCUGGUUUGACCUGCACCUUGACGACUGCGAGACGCUGACCAGCGCGCCCGAGGGCAUCGGCGAGGGCGGCGUGCUGCUGUCGGAGUGCGGCGAGGGCGGCAACGGCGAUAGCUGCAGUACUGAUGUGCCACCGGCAGCAGCGGACCCUGGGGCAGCUAUGGAUGCAGCAGAGAAGCUGGGCGAGGCUCCAGCAGCAGCUGCCAGCCCCACCUCUGUCUGCCAGCAGGAGGAGCUUCCUGGCAGCGCCAGCAGCGGCGGCCAGCCCUCGCCCGUUGCUGAGGCUGCCGCCGCCGCCGAUGAUACGACCUGCGAGGGGGGUGGCGAGGCAGGAGACGCGGCUGACGACUAUGUGCCAGCUGGCAGCUUUGCUGGGGCCAGGGCAGGGUAUGUGUUCAGGCUGGGGGAGCUUGGGCUGGGGUACUACCUUGAUGGCAAAGGUACUGCUGCACAGGAAGCUGCCGGGCAGGUGGCAGCGGCUGACUCGCGCGCAGACCAGCGGCCGCAAGGUCUGGCCGCGGCAGCACCAGAGAAGCCUAGCCCCGAGGGGGAGCCUGCCGCCGCUGCCACCACCACAGCGCCGGCGCCAGCCCCAGCAGCAGCGCUCGACCUCGCUGCCGCCGCGUCCGCGGCCCGGCCGGCUGUGCAGUUGCCGCCGUCGCGCGGCCCGCGCCACCACUGGGGCCAGGCCCUGCAGUACCUGGAGCGGGCGGUGGGGGUGCAGCCGGGGCGCAAGGUGGCCCUGCUGGCUCACCGCGAGGGCGGCAAGGUGCGGUUUGGCCUGCGCCAGGGCGUGGGCGAGUACGUGGGGCGGCCACCCUGGAAGAUUGAGUGGGGCGGCGGAUCAUCAGUGGAGAACCCUCACUUCCAGCGCGUGCACUACUGCCAGCUGCUGGUCAGCGACUUCCUGCAGCGCGUGCGCUGCCGCCGCUUCCCUCCCAUCGAGAAGGACAUGCGCAUGGUGCUGGCGCACUGCGGCUCGUUGCUGCUGGACCCGGCGGCGGUGCAGGAGGUGUGCCACGAGCUGGUGGUGAUGGAGAAGAUCCAGAUGGAGCCCGAGUUCUCGCCCGCUGCCUCGCUGGAGGCGCUGACCAAGCGCCCGCUGCGCCUGCACUGA